AUGUAAGAAUUGGAAGAGUUCUUAGAAAAAUAAAAAGACUUAAAUCUUAAAAUGCUAAGAGAUAUGUUGUAAACAUAAAGUCUAAUCUAACAUAAUUUAUCGAUUGGAUUAGACUCUUUGAAAAAGUGCAUCGAAAAUAUACCUAAUAAAAUUAUCCCUAAAUAAGGAUUAUAAUCUAGAAUUACUAUGCAUAGAUAGAAGUAUCAUAUUUAUUUAAAUUAGCUAACAUCAUUUUAUUUUUAACCAACUGGGUCAUAAGAAUUUCUAAUCUUACUUGAAUUUAGAAGAAGAAAUCAAAGAAAUAUAUAGAGAGAGGAUGUUCAAUUUUUCUGUUACAUUGAGAGAUAUGAAUGGAGAUCUUGUAGACGAUGAAGACUAUCCUAUUUUCUUAAAAAUGUAAAAUUCCACUUUUAACUUAGAUACACAUCUGAGAAAUUUCCAAAAGAAGUUUUUGCUAAUAUAAAAGGAAAACCAAUAUUAAAAGGGUAGACACAAAUACUUCUAAGAGGAAAAGGUGAAUUUUAAAAAAUAUCAAUCACUGAAGUUUUAUCAUUUUAUAAAUAUAAUCAUAGGUGUCCUCUCAUUUUCCCUCAGGAAAAUUUAUUCUAGUGAUAUUUUCUGAGAAAUCUUACGUCAAACCCUACAUAAUUGAUAAUUUAAUUGUUAAAGCUAAAAAAUUGCUUAAAUGA